AUGGGCGAUUACGACAAAGACACUGCCUUCAUAGGGCAAUCGGGCCGUUACUUCUGGGCGGCUUUUUUCCUGCUCAACACCGUGUUCAUCUCCACCGGAUUCACCGGCCUCUACAUCGUCUUCGUCGGGGCCGUGCCCCCGCACCACUGCCUGAUUCCCCGCCAGGCCAACCUGACGGCCGAAUGGCGGGCGGUCAUCGUUCCCACGGAGACGGCGGCCAGCGGCGAGGAGCGGCCGAGCCGAUGCAGCCGGUACAGACUGGACGUGGUCAGCAACCUGUCUGCCCUCGGCCUCAUGCCCGGCAGGGACAUCAACCUCACCGAUGUGGCGCUUGAGGGUUGUGUGGACGGCUGGAGCUACAGCCAAGACAUCUUCAAGUCCACCAUUGUCACAGAGUGGGACCUUGUCUGUGGUGAUUCAUGGAAAGUUCCCUUUGCAUCUUCAACCCUCUUUAUGGGCUUCCUGAUUGGAUCCCUCAUAUCAGGCCAGCUUUCUGACAGAUUUGGCAGGAAGAAGGUCCUUUUCGUUUGCCUUGCGGCCCAGUUUGUAUUUGUUUUCCUUCAGUCUCUCUCCACGUCAUGGAUACUGUUCUGCAUCACCUUCCUCUUCAUUGGAGCUGCCCAGAUAGCCCUCUAUAUAUCUGCCUUUGUACUAGGAACCGAGUUGCUGAGUAAGUCAAUGCGUGUUCUUUUCACCACACUGGGGACGUUCCUCUUCUACUGCAUCGGCUACAUGUUGCUACCCUGGCUGGCCUACUGCUUCAGAGAUUGGAGGACACUGCUGGCAGUCAUCUCCUCCUUCUCUAUAGCCUACAUUCCUUUAUGGUGGUUCAUUUCAGAGUCUCCAAGAUGGCUAAUCUCUCAGGGGAGAGUGGCAGAGGCGGAGUUCAUACUGAGACGUGCUGCCAAGAAGAACAAGGUGGAAGCUCCAGAAGUCAUCUUUAAAGAAUCUGGGUUUGGAGAUGGGCAGAAAAUAAAGAAAUACACCAUUAUUGACGUACUGAAAUCCAGAAAACUAAGGCUCAUCACACUCUUGUGUCUAACUCUUUGGAUGUCUGUUAACAUCGGUUACUUUGGACUGUCUCUGAACACCUCAAACCUAAGUGGUGACCCUUACAUGAACUGCUUCCUGUCAGCCUGCACUGAAGUUCCUGCCCAUGUCAUGUCCACUCUGCUUCUGAGGAACUGUCCAAGAAGAGCCCUUCUUUCCUCUUUCCUCAUCAUCGGUGGUGGAUUUCUACUCCUUGUCCAGUUCAUCCCAGAGUCUCUCCAUGGUUUGACUCUGGCCAUGGUUCUGACUGGGAAAUUCGGUUUCACCAUGGCCUUCAGCGUGGUGUACAUCUACACGGCGGAGCUUUACCCGACGGUCCUGAGGAACAUCGGCAUCGGAAUGUGUUCUUCCGCGGCACGCAUCGGAAGCAUCACCGCUCCGUACGUCAUAUAUUUAGGUACAUACAGCAAGUUUCUGCCCUACAUUCUCAUGGGAAGCAUCACAGUUGGCUCUGCAGUGGUUAAUGUCUUCCUCCCAGAGACCCUCAAUAAACAACUGCCAGAGACUGUAGAGGAGAUGCAGGAAUGUCAAGGGAUUUGCAGGAGAAAAGGAAACAAAUCAGAAGACUUGGAAAAGAAGGACAACAUAUCUCGACAUAACUACACGAGUGAGCGAGUGCAAGAGUGAAAAAGAGAGUGAGAGGUAGAACGAGCAAGAGAGAAAAGGAGGGAAAUUCCAACUAUGCAGAGUAGUCUUUAUGAAUGAGGGUAGUGGAGAUUACAAGUGUUGUUUUUUUAAUCUCCAAGCAUUUGUACAGUAUGACCAUAGUUUCAAACUUCGUACUGCCAAGGUAGCAUAAUACAUAUGCAUACAUAAUGCUACCUCUGUAAAUAAGUAACAUUGCAAGAGGAUGUUAGAAAGACAGGCAAAGGUUUAAAAAAAUAGGAAACGACAAUGAAGUAACAAACAACAUCAUCCAUGUCGUCCUUUUAUAAACCUUAAUGACUCUGGGUUCCAGAUGGCAGAUCAGAAUCCCCUUUCUCCAGUUAAAACAUUACCAAUCUUUACUUGAAGAACCGUUUAUGGAUGACAGCAACCAUACAUGAAAAUCAUUCACAUAGAACACACAAAAUAAAAACGAUGCUAUAACUGUACAGGAAAAGUUCCAAACAGUGACCACCCUUGAUCAAAAACUUGAGUCAAUAACAAAAUAUAAUCUUCCCUUGUUAGAUUUUUUUGUUAUGAUCGUGUACUGUUUUUUCAUGACUAUAUUGUAUAAUGUUGCACUUGUGGGAAUACAAUAAAUAUCACACAUUUACUUGAAUCA